UAUAGUUUAUAAAUAUAUAAUUUUAUAAAAUAAUAUAUUGUUAUUUGUAGGUUCAUCUAACGUUUAUUAUUGUUAAUGUAAAACACACGAGGAUUCAUACGAUUUUAUUUAGCUUGAUAAUUUGUUUUAUGUAUAAUGAUAAUUUUUUUUACCCGUACAAUUUUAAUAAUUACCAAUUUUGCCUCAUAAUAUGUUAAUUUAAUUAUUAAUUUAUAUAACAAGCUAUAUUUUUACAUAAUUUUAUGAUACAUUACCUAUUUUAUUGAAAUUGUUGGAUAAUUUUAAUCAUGAAAGUCUAUUCCUUGGAAAAUGGUUUGUAUUUGGGAAUUUCACAUUUUACCGACGUCAAAAAUGUAAAAUGGCUCAAAGACAAUAUUUCUAAGUACUUUAAGGACCGAUCACCUGUCUUAAUUCGUCAUUCAUUAAUUGUCGAUCCAUUUCAAAUUGUAGUUGCAGCUAAUAAUGCUUGUUCAUCUAGCAAACGUUCAACAAUGGUCACUAAAACUUUAGCAACAGAAAUUUUAUUCAAUUUGUCAGCCACGAAAAAUAUAACACAAUCUUUGCGUGAUUGCAGUGCAGGUGAUCAAGAUGAAGAAUUUUUUGUUGCAAUUGUAUCUGAUUUAUGUAACGUACCAGAAAUGAAAAUAUUCAAUGAAAAAUGCUUGGAUGGUAAAGAAAAUGACGUUUCAGAUAUUGAUGAAACAUUUAUUAAGUCUUACUACAACAUAAAUGAAGAAGAAAGCAACAAUUGUAGUAUACUUGAUUCUGUAGUUACUAGAAUUGCAUGUAAAAGUUUAAUGUAAAAUUUAUAUAAACUGUUUUGUUUUUGUGUGAAAACCAUUACAUACUCGUAAAAUACAUAAUAAUUAAAUGUUAAAUAUAUUUUCUUAAAAUUUUGACAAAAAGAUUACUCUUACAGUUUACUGUAAUCAAGUUGUAUGUUUUUAAUCAGUGAACAUAUCUUUUAACAAGUAGAGUAGUGAUUUUUACGCGUACUGUACAAAUCUUUGUCAUUUGCUCCAAUUUAUGUACUUAAUGACAACAGGAUGGCAGACAAUUUUUUCAUUUUUUUUUUAAUUAUAACAAUUAUAUUAAUAUAGUAUUAAUUAAAAAGAGCAGAAAAUUAAAAAAAAAACUCAAGUAGGUAUGACAAUUGUGAUUUAUUCAUAGAUUUUACGAGUAUUAGAUAGAGUUAAGAAAGAUUUUAAAAAUAUAUUAAGAUUACCAAGAACAAUUUUUCA